AUGAUGCUUGGGACGGCGGAUCAUAACCGCCCUCUGUACGUUACUGCAGAGAGCGACGAAAUGAUAAUCAGCCGAAUUCUGAUCGACCCUGGGUCCUCCAUCAACCUUAUAAGCUUAAAAGCCCGGAGAUCAUUAUGCCUUGACGUGCAGCAUCUCGGGUCGGAUAAGCUAAUGGUGCAUGGUUUCAACGAGAAAGGGCAGAAGACCCUAGGAUCAUUUAUGCUCUCUCUAACAUUUGGGGAGCUUCAUACAGAAGCCAAAUUUCAUGUGAUUGAUGCAGAUACUUUUUUCAAGGCGCUCCUGGGUCGCCCUUGGUUGCAUGAGUAUGGUAUUGUCCCAUCAACGUUACAUCAGUGCAUGAAGUACCUUAAGGAUGGAGAAGAGUUCAGGAUCUCUGGUGACAUCCAACCUUUUGCAGUGCACGAAGCUACAAUCUAUGAAGAUGCCAAGUAUUUCAUUCCAAAGAAGCUGAAGCCAUCGAGCUCUCUUGAGGUCCAGUUGUCGAGUACUAAAACUACAAAGCGACCAAAACAAGAAGGUGAAAAGAAGCAGGUUGGGAGAAAGAAGGCAACGCCAACUCUUUCCAAAGCAGCGAUCGCUACUAAAGAAAGAAAACAUGUACCUCACCUAGGGAGCGACACAGAUGAAGAUGAGGUCACCCCUACAAAAUCUUGGAAGGCAUGUCAGUCAAAUUGCAAAGGCAAAAAGAAGGCUGAAUACUCAGAUUCUGACUUUGAUUGUGAGUCUACCUACACGAGCAAUGUGAAGUGUGUAUUCUCAAGAAGAAUGGGUAACUUGUCAAUCUCGGACAGCGUAUUCGUAGUCACGCGCGUUCCCAUACAACAUUUCAAGGAAAUUACUCCCCGGAAGGUACAUCAUAUCGAAGAACUUGUAACAUUAUAUGUGCCACCUCAUAGAAAAAGGGGCGGGCCAGGAAGUUUAUUCUAUAAAGGUGGAGAGCGUGAAGAAGAAGCAAAUCGCGACUGGUUUUGUAGGCUCGUUGAUUCCGGAGAGCUAAUACCUACAAGAAUGCCCAGGUUCAUUACCAAAAAUAUCCGUAAAAUGUUGCGAAAGCAAAUCAAUAUUCCUACCUCCAAACAACAACUCCGCUUUUGCCUGAGCAUUUGGUAUGGAAGACAUCCACAUCCAUUACGAAAGAAAGAUAUUAUUGUAAGGAGAGGUCUCGGAUUCAUCGUGCAAAAACAUCCCCAAAAGGAGACUUGCCAAGCAAUCACAUGCGGGGAAGUCAAAUUAGAUGAUAGCGAUGAUGAGGAAAUAUAUGAAGUUGAUACUUAUGAUGAUCAGCCCGUAGAGGCCAAGCCUGCACCUGAAGAACCUGAAGAAUUAGAAGAUGGUGGACAGACAGCUACUAUGGAUGAGCUAAAAGAAGUCAACUUGGGGACUGAAGAAGACCCUCGCCCAACCUUCAUUAGCUCCCUUUUAUCAGAAGACCAAGCGGAAGAAAUGAAAGAGCUUCUCUGUGAAUUCAGGGAUUGCUUUGCCUGGACAUAUGUCGAGAUGCCCGGCUUAUCUCCUGAUGUGGCAGUUCACAGGUUAGCCAUCAAGAACGAUGCAGUGCCUGUAAAGCAAGCUCCAAGGAGAAUGAGAUUGGAGAUCGAAGAACAGGUGAUUGCAGAGACAAAAAAGCUUAUAGAAGCAGGCUUUAUCCGCGAAGAAAAAUAUGCUGAUUGGAUUGCCAAUAUUAUCCCUGUCAAGAAGAAGAACGGUCAGAUUCGUAUCUGUAUCGAUUUUCGAGACCUCAAUAAGGCGUGCCCAAAAGAUGACUUUCCACUUCCUGUAUCAGAAUUACUAGUAGAUAACACGUCCAAUUAUGACAUGUUUUCAUUUAUGGACGGUUCGUCGGGUUACAAUCAAAUUAAGAUGGAAACUGAGGAUGAAAAACAUACAUCAUUUAGAACGCCCAUCGGUAUUUUCUGUUACACAGUUAUGCCCUUUGGCCUUAAAAACGCUGGUGCCACUUAUCAACGUGCAAUGACGUGUAUAUUUGAUGAGUUAAUACAUCAAAAGGUCGAGUGCUAUGUGGAUGACCUUGUUGUCAAGAGCGUAGACCGAAGAGACCACUUGAAUGACUUAAGGAUUGUAUUUGAAAGAAUCAGGAAGUAUGAUCUGAAGAUGAACCCUCUCAAGUGUGCUUUUGGAGUCUCUUCCGGCAAAUUUUUGGGAUACGUUGUUCGACACCGAGGCAUCGAGGUCGACCCCAAUAAGAUCAAGGCGAUUAUGGAGAUGCCACCUCCCAGAAACCUCCGUCAACUUCGCUCGUUGCAAGGGCAACUAGCUUUCAUUCGACGAUUUAUAUCGAAUCUGUCGGGUAGGUGCCAGCCAUUUUCAAUGUUGAUGAAGAAAGAUGUCUGCUUUAAAUGGGAUGAUGAAUGCCGAGAAGCAUUUGAUAGUAUCAAGAGAUACUUAUCGAACUCUCCUAUUUUUGUGGCACCAAUUCUGGGGAAGCCUCUUAUACUGUAUACAGCGGCAUUAGAAGAGUCCCUCGAAGCACUGUUGGCCCAGCAUAACGAAGAAGGCAAGGAAAAUGCGUUAUACUACAUUAGUCGGAGGUUGAUUGGAGCAGAAAUCCGCUAUUCCCCAAUUGAGAAGCAUU